AAACGUGUACCUCACAUUGGUUUCAAGCCCAGAGUGGCUGCUUGCGGCCCGUACUCUGGCACAGUCUUUGACGCUCGCAGGAUGCAAGUGGCCGCGUGUACUGCUGACGACUUUUGUGCCGUCGGAUCGCCUCCGGGAGGAACUGGCUAGCGAGCUGUGGGACGUCCGGGUGGUUCCCCAACUAGUGAACCCUUUCGACGCGAGCCUGAAAGCUCAGCACCGGUUUUCUAUGUUGCAGGUAUACAACCUGACCGAGUUCUCGAAGAUCGUAUUCCUUGACAGCGACUUCCUCGUCGUCUCCAAUCUCGACCACGUGUUCGACUGCGGCGAGUGGUGUGCUGCGCGCUCCCUGCGGGAGACGGAGGGGCGCUUCAACAGUGGUCUUCAGGUGCUGACGCCCAGCGCCGACCUCUUCCGCUUCCUGCUGGAGGGCACGAAGCCUGGCCCCGGCGGCUUCCAGUCCUACAACGGGGGGCCGCAGGGCUUCCUCAACGAGGCGAUCUCCGCCUGGUGCUCCCACGGGAAGGUUCGGCGUUGGUCGCAGGUGCGCUCGGCCUCGGCGGCGAGGCGGUGUCAGACCCUGCCGGAGGGUUACAAUCAUCUGCCCGUGGUCCUCGCCGGCCCAGCGUGGGCACCGGUUUCGUGGUGGCCUCCCUCGCGAAGCCUCGACGAGUUCUUCUACGGGAUGGAGAAGGAUCCCUUAGGAACAACAGGUUGGUUGCGCUGCAUUUCAACAGUCCAGUCUACAAUGUCGUCAAGCCCUGGCUGUGGUAUUGGUAUCCGCUGUUCCCCAGCCACUGGCUCUGGUGGCAGGUCAGGAGGCAGGUGCCCGGGGAGGACGCGGCAGCAUUGCGCCUUUUCUGCGCAGGAGUCGUCUGCCCUGUGCUCUUGUCGAUUUGGUUUGUGUGGCGAAGGCCUCGUUGCCUCAUCGGCGCAAUCGAUGGGGCUUGCGCGCUACGAACCUUGA